AUGCCGCGCUAUCACCCCAGAUUUCACUGUCCCAUCACUGGAUUACAAGAUCCUGUGGCAUGUUGUCGCCUGAUACUUGAACCUGAGGACGACGCAGAUGUCGAUCCCCUAAUGGUUGCAAGGAAGGAAUGGGUAUGGGGCCUCGAUAGAGGUGGUCUUACAUACUACAUUCCAUCUCCUCACAAUGCUUUGUAUUUCCGACCCGAUAUCGCGCGGCUCUACUUCAGCCACGAAUUCGUCCUCGUCCCCACCUUCAAAACCUUUGUUGAGGCUAUCAAGUUUAUUGAACAUGCUGGCGUCGACGAUCGGGACACGAAGGAUACGUCGCCUCGUCGACCAUUAACUGCACUCGCUCCAACCUCAGGGCGAUAUCGCUACGUAUUCAUACCCUUGUCCGAUGCCGCCCGCCAACUGCAGGAAGAAUUUCCUAUGCAGCCGCAAACCGAGGACGACCUGAAUGGAUGGACCAAUCCAAUUUAUCACACCCCUUUGGUUCGCGGGAGCGAUCAGUUCCCCGUCAUCGAGUGUUACGCCCAUCCAUUCUCCGUCAGCACCUUCGCAGCGGAGACCCUCAGUCUUUAUCACGGUACCCUUACAAGAGUCAUCAAGCAGUGGCAGACAAUGAUCAAUUUCCUCCAAUUGCGAUGGACGAGUUCAAUUGCCCGCGUCCCUCAGUGGUUCAUUGACGCCCCUGCCAGGGAGACGGACGAUACGACCAUCGAUGGGUCCGAAGCGUCCGGGUACCUCAACGCCACGGACCCGAACACCCUCAUGCUUACGCAGGAGGAGAUCCGCAACAGGGUCCCGCUGGAGGGCCCCGGCUUCGCGCACGCUCGCGCCAAGGUCAUGGACUGGUUCUCGAAGACCCGCCAACCAUGCAAGCUCCGUCGUCAGCAGCGUGGUCAGGACCGCUCCCCCUACGCAUGGACCUCAGCCUCCUCGCGCCGGCGCAAAAAUCCCCCCGCCGCUCAGCAGAAGCUGCCGGCCCCCAAGGAGCCUCCGAAGUGGGUGCAGCGAAACGGCCGCUUUCCGACGGAGGAGUUCUCGAGCAGCGACUGGGCGUAUUUCUUCUUCGGCGCGUCGCUCGAUGGUCGAUUUACGGAUGCCGCCACUGCCGGAUAG